AUGAAAGGUACCGAGUGGAGUUGGAACAACUGGAGGAAUGUCAAGUUCCAGAAGGAUGGCACCUUCGAAGCUCCGACCAAUGACUGCCAACGUGGUCAGUGCAAAUGGUCUGCCAACAAGGGCAAGAUCUUUGUGCUCUGGGGCCAAGCCGGGCUCCAUGAAUUGGAGAUUGUCGGCGAGGUGCCAACCGAGCAGAAUCAACAGAAAAUGCAAGGAAUGCAGAUGAGGGGUCGCCGCGUCUCCGACGGGGAUAGGUGCUCUGCCGUCUUCCAAAGAGUUUUCGACCAUGAAGCUGCUGAGCUAGACAAGGACCUCUACGAGAUCCUCGGCCUUCAGGAGGAUGCCGACGAGGCAGACAUCAAAAAGGUGUACCGGAAGCUGUCCAUCAAGUACCAUCCCGAUAAGAAUCCCGAUGAGGAGUCGAAAAGGAAGUUCGGGGAGAUUCGGGAUGCCUACGAGAUCCUGAACGAUCCGGACAAGAAGAUCCUCUAUGACACCGGCGGGAUGGAGGCGGUCAAGAAGGCCGAAAAAGGCGAAAUCGAGAAAGGCGAUGAUGCUAGAGCGAAUCUGGCAGUGAGUUUAGAAGACCUGUACAACGGUGGCAACAGAAAGGCGGAGAUCGAACGGCGCAUUGUCUGCCGAGGUUGCAGGGUCAAGCCGGACUCUCCGAAGUGCCAGGGCUGUCACAGGUGUCCAAACGAAGUGAGGUUAGUAAACCGGCAGGUUGGCCCUGGCAUGUUCAUGCAGCAGCAAGAAGAAGUCCAGAGCCAGGAGAAGUGCAAGCAAGAGCUCGCCGAGAUAGAUGCCCACAUAGAAAAGGGAAUGCGGGAUGGCGAAAGCCUCACCUUCCCUCGUAUGACCGACCAGAGGCCUGGCAUGAUCCCCGGCAGCAUGAUCUUGACCCUCAAGGUUGCGAAGCAUCCGGAGUUCGAGAGACGUGGGGACGACCUGCACAUGAACAUGAAGGUAACGCUUCGAGAAGCUUUGCUUGGGUGGACAAAAACCGUCAGGCACAGCUCAAGCCCGUGUGCCUGCCGGGGGGGCAGGGGUUCGAUGGGCUUCGUACCAAGCUGUGUUGCUGCCCCGUAUUACCUCGCCAGUGUGCCGAAGUAG